CCGCCGCCGCCGCGCCGCGCCGCCGCCGCCGCCGCCGCCCGGCCUCCUCUCCCAGCCCCGCGGAAAGCCCGACCCAGGCCGCCGGCCGCCGCCCGGCCUCCCCCGCCGCGGGCGCUCCACCAUGGCCAGUCCUCUUUUCCCCUGGUAAAGAUGGCGGUGCGGGAUCGCUGCCACCUUUAGACUAAUGACUGUCCGAAACAUCGCCUCCAUCUGUAAUAUGGGCACCAAUGCCUCUGCUCUGGAAAAAGACAUUGGUCCAGAGCAGUUUCCAAUCAAUGAACACUACUUCGGAUUGGUCAAUUUUGGAAACACAUGCUACUGUAACUCCGUGCUUCAAGCAUUGUACUUCUGCCGGCCAUUCCGGGAGAAUGUGUUGGCAUACAAAGCCCAGCAAAAAAAGAAGGAAAACCUGUUGACGUGCCUGGCAGACCUUUUUCACAGCAUUGCCACACAGAAGAAGAAGGUUGGCGUCAUCCCACCAAAGAAAUUCAUUUCCAGGCUGAGGAAGGAGAACGAUCUCUUUGAUAACUACAUGCAACAGGAUGCUCACGAAUUUUUAAAUUAUUUGCUAAACACGAUUGCGGACAUCCUUCAGGAAGAGAAGAAACAGGAAAAGCAAAAUGGGAAAUUAAAAAAUGGCAACAUGAAUGAACCUGCAGAGAAUAAUAAACCAGAACUCACCUGGGUCCAUGAAAUUUUUCAGGGAACUCUCACCAAUGAAACCCGAUGCUUGAACUGCGAAACUGUGAGUAGCAAAGAUGAAGAUUUUCUUGACCUUUCUGUUGAUGUGGAACAAAAUACUUCCAUUACCCACUGUCUGAGAGACUUCAGCAACACAGAAACACUGUGUAGUGAACAAAAGUAUUAUUGCGAGACAUGCUGCAGCAAGCAGGAGGCCCAGAAAAGGAUGAGGGUAAAAAAGUUGCCCAUGAUUUUGGCUCUCCACCUAAAGAGGUUCAAGUACAUGGAACAACUCCACAGGUAUACCAAGCUGUCUUACCGGGUGGUCUUCCCUCUGGAGCUCCGGCUCUUCAAUACCUCCAGUGAUGCCAUCAACCUGGACCGCAUGUAUGACCUAGUUGCUGUGGUCGUUCACUGUGGCAGUGGUCCAAAUCGAGGGCAUUAUAUCACUAUUGUGAAAAGCCAUGGCUUCUGGCUUUUGUUUGAUGACGACAUUGUAGAGAAAAUAGAUGCUCAAGCUAUUGAAGAAUUUUAUGGCCUGACAUCAGAUAUAUCAAAAAAUUCAGAAUCUGGAUAUAUUUUAUUCUACCAGUCAAGAGAAUAACUUAAAGAAUUGUGGGACUAAAUCACAUGGGGGAAAAUGUUCAAAGCACUAUUACCUGGUUUCUCUGCCGACCUCCUUCUUCCCAGUGGCCCGCUAAAGCUGUCACUCUGAGUCUCAGCGGUCUGGCUGUGUUAAGCUUUCUCCCUUCAUUGUUUUCCAUGCAGCAUUUAGUCUUGGUUGUCUUUUGGUCUGAGGUAGGGCUAACUGCAAUCAGAGUGUAGUAAGGUUUAUAUGAGUCACAGUUGCUAAUUUUAGGAUUUGGUUAAAUGCUCUGCCAUUUUUGUUAGGUCUGACUGAAUUAGAGUGGCAUUUUCUAUGAAUGUUCCAGUCCAAUUUGAGUAUUGGCUAAACUUCCUAAAUGGCUUCUGGGGGUUUCCUUAUAAUACAUUCCUUUAGCUUUUCCCUGGAAGCAUUGCUACCUAUUUGUUUUUUAAUCUCAUCUUCCUUUUUUCUGACAGAAGAAUGGAGGAAUUGGGUAGAUGGUCACCUUUGAAGUCUGCAACCAUAAGCUUUAAGUGUAUGCAAGUGAAAAUGUGUAAGAAUGGGUAACCGAAAACAUCCUCUAAAACAUCCUCUACAAGGAACAGGGUGAAGAGAAGCUGUUUGCAGUGUCUGACAUCUAGCAUCCACAUCAGGUUGUGUUUACCUCUCCACUAGCAUCCCAGGGGCUAAGAAAUUCUGGAGCUCAGGGCAGGCAGAGCCAAGAAGAAGAAGAUUUUUAUGGACAGUGAAAAGUUACUUUUCUUAUCUUUCUACCAAAACCCAAGUUUCAGGAGAAUAACCUGAUGCUGUUAAUUUUUAGUGACACUUUUCUUCUGUAAGGUCCUGUGAGUUAUGUGUAUCCUGUAUCUGGCCCUGCUAAGCUUUUCAAGCUAUUUUUCAAAUCCUGCUGACGUCUCACAGUCUGUGGUGGCGGGCCUGGAACACCACGUUGACUGCCUCUGGCACAUCUCUUAGCCGGUCAGCACCAACAUCCUUCCACACCAAGCACAUCAAGAGUACUGCACCUCCCCAACCAUCAGCCACAUUUUACAGCUUCAUUCUUAACACAUUUUCUGUCUGUUUACUGAAGCUCAGGCAAGCCCCAGAGCUAAAAAAAAAACAACCCUCAGGAGAGGGCAUGCUGGAGUUAGCUGGGUGUGGGUGGGGCCACAGGAAGUGUUAGUGGGUAGGUGGAAGAAUGGCAACAUGGCGGCUCUGUCUCUGGCUCAGAUUCCUAGAAUGCUUGACAAGACCGUUGUUUGGAAGAACCUCAUCUCACUAUAAUUAUUUUUGUUUUCACUUUUGUUAUGUAUGUAUUUAUUAGAGCUUUGAGUACUGGUACCUUUUAUUCAAAGGGUCGAUUUGGUGUUUCCUCAUGGAGCUGGUUUUUGGUUUCCUACAAAUGAGUCAUAAAUCUUGGCUCUCUUCAGGAAUUCAGUUGACUUCCAUAUUCUGCGGUAUACUGUGAACAUGUUAUUUUGUUUCCUAGUACAGCAGUGAGCUAGUGAACAUGCGAACUCUUGGCAUAAUGUGAACUAAAACACAAAUUGAAGAUGUUAGUGGCCAUUUUACAACAAUGAAGAGGAUAGCACUUUAUUGUGAUGAAAACUGGAUUUCUUACUUUGAAAUAUCUUGAACUGUUUUUGCUUCGAACUUAAGCAUGCCAAUACUUCAUUUGUUCAUGCUUGAAGUUAAAUAUUUUUACUCUUCACUGGAGAAGACAAACAGGGUGAUCAUGUUAUUGUUUUAUAUAAGUAACAAAAAUGUACUUUGCCUUGAUUAGAGGCAAAUUCAUAUUUAUGAAUAUUUGUCUUUUUCCCCUCCAUAAAACAUAUGCAGAAUCUCUUACCUGGGAGGUGAGUCUUUAUUCUUUUAGGAAAAGCACUUUCCAUGUGAAGCUAAUUGAUAUAGGGAAAUGUUUUUGCUACACACACUUCAUAGGUUUGACUGUAGAUUACAAAAUUUAUGAAAAUGAUGGUUGAUCUAGAACAUAUUGGAGUUGAAUCAUAAGAAAACUAUUAAAAGUACCUUUGGAAACCUUUUUUCCCAGCAAUUCAUGAAGCUAAUUUAUUAGGCAAAAAAUGUUUCAAUUACAAGUUGGUAGAAGUAAUAUUUAAAUAAUGUUAUAGGCUCAAUGUAUUUCUUUCCCCUUUGGAAUGUGUAAAGAACUUUUCCCCAGUGAUUGAACUGAAGUAAUUGCUUUUAAUAGAAAGUCAGUUAAAAUUCAGUAUUCAUGAAUAUAUUUUUGGAAAAAGAUGAGAUGAAUAUGGAGAAUAUAAUAGACAUUCAAAUGAUUGUGAGAUACAAGAAGAGUGAAGACUUGUCAUAUUUCUCAAUCAGUACUCACAUCAAUUUUUUUGCCCUUUAAUUUAGAGCUAUCUGGUAUUUCCUUAUCUUUUCCUCUUCAGUAAACAAAACAAACAUUUGGCAGCUACCUUCCCCUCAUUUUUCUUCAUAUAAAGACAAUAUCCUGUAAGCACGUUCCUACGUUGCCAUCCCUCAUUCCUAGCAUACUGCAGAGAAUGGUAUGGGGGGUGUGGGACCAUUUCAAGAUCACGAUGACAGCACAAAGGUUCAGCAAUACGUCCUGGAUGCCUGGGGGUUUAAAUGAGGGCCCUACUCCAGCAGGAGGGAGUAGGCAUGCUGUAUUUCUGUAACUGCUGGGUGUUUAAAAACAAGUUACAAUGUUUUACAUGUUUAAAAAAGAAGAAAUAUUUGCUUUAUUGGUCACUUACUAGUUUAGCAUCUAGGUUAUUGGCACAAUAUGUGGAAAAAGAAAUUGUUUGCAAGUGGAUUUUGUAAAGUGCUGACAUCUAGUCCUGUUAUGUUGAUGGAGUUUUUUUUUUUUUUCCAAUGCAACAUGAAGUGGACUGGUAUGAGGAAAGCAAGGAA